AAAGUGAGUGUGUGAGAGAUGGGCAGGGAGGUAGAAAGAGAGGGAGGGUGUAAUCUACAAGAGGCAGCCAUAGAGGGAGAGGUGACAGAGUAGAUUAUCCUCUCUUCCCUGCCAGUCUCACCAUGUUCAUGCUGCAGACGCUGACUGUUCUCUCUCUCACUGUCAUCUUCCUGGCAUCUGUAGAAGGUAACGGCGUGCAGAUGCAGAGGGAUGUCCAGUGUUGCAUGCUCUACUCCCAGGGGAAGGUGCGUACUAAAGAUGUGCUUCGGUUUGAGGUGCAGACGGAAGGGCCCGACUGCAGCAUACAAGCCAUCAUUCUUUACACAAAGAAGGCAGUGAAAUGUGCAGACCCCAGAGAUCGGAAGGUGAAGAGGUUGUUGAGGAAGCUUCUGGAGAGACAGAGACUCAAGAACUACCAAACCAUGUGGCUGCUGCCUCAUGACAACCUGCCCGUCAUGUCAGAGGACAAAAAAGACAGCUGGGCAGUUCUGAAUGUGCAGGAAUGAAGCACCAUCAACGGUGGAGUUAGUCGUAGUCAUACGCCAAGUAAUCAUUCAGCAGCUCGUUGGCUUUACUCUGCGAUGCUUGCUGAUAUUCCAGUAAUCUUGUGUCUCUUUAUCUGUCUCCUUGGCACCAGACCUGGGCAGCAAUACUUAUUUAAAUGGCUUUAUAUAUAUAUAUAUAUAGAUAUAUAUAUAUAUAUAUCUAUAUAUAUAUCUAUAUAUAUAUAUAGUUAUAUAUAUAUAGAUGAAGAUAUGAUACUGCGAUACUGCGCUUGAAAUAUUCCCAGCAUGUCGCUGGAGCAAUCUCAGAGGGGGAGUAUUAUUUGUAAGAUAAGUUGCAGUGAUUUCUAUUUAAUGGCUUAUACUGUUAUUUGCCAGAGUCUGCCUGAAAGUAUCACCCUCUGAAAUAGUGUAAACCCUUGUGGCUGAUGUGAGAUCAGUGAAACAGCAUUGACAUUCAUAUAUUAUAUCUGCAAUGUACUCUGUGCUUAUUUGUGACAUGUACUGCGUAAAUAAUGUAACAAUGUAGAUGGAGUUUUGUCAAAUUCAGCUGAGUUUGCAGAAAACUGAAAACAUGUUUUUAAUAUUAACUUGCACCUUGCUCUUUUCUCCUUUGGCUUUCUUUUAAAGUAUUUGUACUAAGACUUAAGGUCUUUAUUGAGACCAGCUUGGAAUAUAAUCACAAAGUGAUGAUUUCCACUGGCUUUAACUUACUUUUUAACACAUUUUGUCUACUUUGUAUAUUGACUGUUUGUAAAAUAUAAGUGGAUCUUUUGAAAUUUGACCCAUCGGCAUCAACAGACCAUUGGCAUUAACUAUAAAUUUGCAGUUUACUUUUGUCUUUUUAAUUAAUGGUUUGUCAUUGAACUAUGCCAAAGCACUCAUGAGUCAAUCCAUUACAUAACAAGGCUGUUAAAACUUAGAGGGCUCCAAUAUGUGUAAAGUGCACAAGCCUUGUAUGGUAGGGGAAUGCACUGUAUCUCAAGUGAAUUAUUUUAUAAAUCAAUCUUGAAACAUUAA